CGCCUCCGGGUUGGCCGAGCCGCGAAAGCGACGGGCCCUCCUCCCCCUCCUCUUCUCCUCCUCCCCUCCCCUUGUCCUCUCCUCGCCAAGAACGGGCUCACUCCUCUCCUAUCGCCUCCGCAUAGGGAAGGCGGCUUCCCUUCCCUCCGGCCCUCUCCUCCCCGGAGACUCCUGCUUCUUUCUUCUGAGGAUUAUCCGUUGCGGAGGCCAAUUAGGAUAUCAACUAAGUUAAGGAGAAUGGCAGUUGGCGGAACUCAGCCAACCCUCAGGAAGUACCUUGGUGCCCUCAAGGACACAACGACUGUGAGCUUGGCAAAAGUGAAUAGUGAUUAUAAGGAUUUGGACAUUGCAAUUGUCAAGGCCACUAACCAUGUUGAGCGUCCAUCAAAGGAGAAGUACAUAAGAGAAAUUUUUCUUUCCAUUUCUGCUGCAAGGCCACGGGCAGAUGUAGCAUACUGCAUUCAUGCCCUUGCCAGACGCCUUUCGAAAACACGCAACUGGGCGGUUGCACUGAAGACAUUGAUUGUCAUACAUCGUGCUCUUCGAGAAGUUGAUCCCACUUUUCGUGAAGAGCUUAUCAAUUAUGGCAGAUCUAGGUCCCAUAUGCUCAACAUGGCCUACUUUAAGGAUGACUCCAGUGCAGAAGCUUGGGAUUAUUCUGCAUGGGUGCGCAUUUAUGCUUUAUAUCUAGAGGAGAGGCUCGAAUGUUUCCGAGUGCUGAAGUAUGAUGUAGAAACAGAUCCACCGAGAACUCGGGAUCUUGAUACUGUUGCUUUGCUUGAUCAUCUGCCACCACUACAGCAGCUUCUUUUUCGGCUUCUUGCUUGCCAGCCACAAGGAGCAUCGUCUUACAAUAUUAUAAUCCAGCAUGCACUUUCUAUGGUUGCUUUAGAGAGUGUUAAGAUCUACACCGCCAUUAGUGAUGGAACAAUCAAUCUGGUUGACAAGUUCUUUGAGAUGCAAAGAAACGAUGCUAUUAGGGCACUUGACAUAUACAAAAGAGCAACUAACCAGGCUGAAAGACUCUCAGAAUUUUACGAAGUGUGUAAAACUAUACACAUUGGGCGUGGUGAGAAGUUCUUAAAAAUUGAACAGCCUCCAGCAUCAUUCUUACAGACUAUGGAGGAGUACGUAAGAGAUGCUCCCACGAUGACAAAGGAAAAGGCUGUGCUGGCGAUAGAGUACAAAAAAGAGCCAGAGGAGGAAGAAAAACCAGCUUCACCUCCUCCAGCUCCAGAACCAGAAGCAGAACAAGAACCCGAGCCGGAACCUGAACCUGUCAUAGAGGAACCACCAGCACCUGAACCAGAUUUGCUGGGUCUGAAUGAACCUAGCCCUGCUGCGACUGCAAUAGAAGAGCAGAACGCCUUGGCGCUGGCAAUCGUCCCGAUAGAUGAUGUUCCUAAAGCCGCUCCUACCUUUGAAAACGGAGUGACAGGCUGGGAACUGGCCCUUGUCACCGCGCCAAGUUCAAAUGAAACCGCCGUUGCCUCAAGCAAAAAAUUGGCCGGUGGUCUGGACUUGCUGACACUCGACAGCCUGUACGACGACGCGAACCGGAGAGCGAGCCAGCCGGCGGCGAGCUACAACCCCUGGGACGCCACCCCGGCGGCCCCCGCCCCGAUGCUACAGACGAUGGCGCCGGCGAUGCAGGACCCGUUCUACGCCUCCAGCGGGUACGCGGCGCCCCACGCCGUGCAGAUGGCCGCCAUGGCGCAGCAGCAGCAGGCCUUCCUGCUGCAGCAGCAGAUGAUGACGAUGGCGGUGGCACCGCCGCCGGCGGCCGCCGCCGUCCACCACCACCCGAUGCCGAUGCAGCAGAACCCCGCGAACCCGUUCGGCAACCCCUUCGCCCCCGCCGGCGCCCACCACCCCUACGGCGCCGCCGGCAUGCCGCUCCACGCCGGGCCCGGCAACGCCUACACGGGGCUCAUCUAGCGUCAAAUCCCCGGGCGGUUGGUUUCUUCUUGGUCGCAUUGUUACGCGUAGCACGAGGUGCACACCAUUCUUUUUGUCCAAGGUUUUCUUGUUGCCAUUGUGAGGAGGAAAUUUGUAGCAGCACACGGACAGGCACAGGGUAGAGUCGCAGUCGCUGGUCGUAUAGCGUCGAGAGCUGGCUGGGGUGUAUAGUAGAGAAGGUGAUUUGUAUGAUACGUAGAGUUUGAUCGUUUCUGAUCAUCAUGUGCAGUGGAGAGUCGAAAUUCUUGUUGCCAGGGGACACAGGAACACGUUGAAGGUUGGUAUUGGAUUAUUCUUGGAUAUACGGAGUUGAAUAAUGCAACAUUCUUUAUACUAGUAGCAGUUGACUUUGUGAAA